UGUCCGCGAUCGUUUGUCCGCGUUCGACAAGUCUUUCAAAUAUCGUGUGUGCAAUCAUUAAACGGUAUAUCUAAAGAUAAUCAUAUUUGUAUAAUCAGUUUUCGAAAUAAAAAUUUGGGAAGACUUGGAAAGUGAAGACUGCGAAGGAACUACAGUUAAUACGGGCUUGUGUGUGGGCAUAUAAUAGCCGAUCGGGCAUACUGGUGACACGAUUGCGGAUUUUCCUUCAACAAGAAAGAACAUACGAAGCUCGCAAAGUGCAUGUGCUAGUGUGCGUGUCACUGGAAAGAGUUCAGAGCCGCUUCGGCGGCGCUCCCAAAUCUAACCGCAGAAUCGAGUCUGUGGUGGUGAGGCCGCGGCACUAUCGGGGCACGAUUGAGUACGAUCACGAUCGCACGCGGCGGGGCCGUUUGUAAUGGAGGAGGUUUCCGAGUGUAUUCCCGUGCGACAGAACAGUCACGGCGAUGCACGCCGUAUUGACUGAAACGCGAUAUCUAUCGUUGACUAUUCCUCCCGGCCGGCCGGGUGAAAGAGGCAGGUCGAAAUUGGUAUGGAAUCGUCCAGGGUCCUCGACACGACGAACACUCUCUCCCGUCUGUGAUAAUUACUAGCCCCUUAAAAAGAGAUAGAAGAAGGGAAAAAGAGAGAGAUAGAGCUGUGUGUGUUUCGCGCGUGUUCUCAUCUGCUCUCUUCAUUACAUUUUUAAGUGUAAACAUUUCCCAAAAUUCAUUUCGAGGUUAGGAUAGCAUGGGGAUUGAUCCCCUGAAGGCAUCGACCGACAAACCGUGACACCUGCGACUCGCCGUGUUACGGUGUGUGCGUGUGUGUGCGUGCAUAUGUGUAUUCUCCCAGGAAGCCGCUAGAGUAUUAUUUUUCAUCGGCGGCCAUCCAAGGGAAGACCAAAGAAGAAAAUAUGUCAAGAAUGGGGAUCGAUCCCCAAUUAAACUCCGUGCAUCGUUUACAUCAUUAAUUCGAUCCGGGACUAACAUUGGCAAUUUUUUAUCAUACAAUCGAUCCUUUCUGUCACGUUAAACAGACUGUCGCGGAUUAUUCUGCCACGACAGAGGACACUCGCACCAUGCAGAAAAGAGACGGUAGAGAUACACAGCUACAGCUCGCGCGUAGCUCUGAACGCGAACAGGAAACGACCAAGAGGAUCUCUCGUGGUAGCGGUAAUGCUACCAGAUUCAACGCGUAUUCCUCCAGGUACAGUGUCACCUCCUCCUCUAAUGUACUCAUGGUCGGUCCGAACUUCCGUGUUGGCAAGAAAAUUGGCUCUGGCAACUUUGGAGAACUUCGACUUGGAAAGAACCUCUACAAUAACGAGCAUGUAGCAAUUAAAUUGGAACCAAUGAGGUCAAAGGCGCCGCAGCUACACUUAGAAUAUAGGUUUUACAAAUUAUUAGGAGCUAAUGAGGGUGUACCAGAGGUGUAUUACUUCGGUCCUUGCGGGAAGUACAACGCUCUCGUGAUGGAACUUCUCGGACCAAGUCUGGAGGAUCUGUUCGAUCUCUGCGGUAGGAGGUUUACCCUAAAGACCGUUCUCAAAAUCGCCACACAAAUCCUCCAUAGGAUAGAAUACGUUCAUAGUCGGCAUUUGAUCUACCGCGAUAUCAAGCCUGAAAACUUCCUGAUAGGACGAUCCUCGACCAAACGGGAAAAGAUUAUCCACAUCAUAGAUUUCGGACUGGCCAAAGAGUACAUAGACCUGGAGACGAACAAACACAUACCGUAUCGGGAACACAAAAGCCUGACGGGCACAGCGCGUUACAUGAGCAUCAACACGCACCUUGGAAAAGAGCAGAGCAGAAGAGACGAUCUAGAAGCGUUAGGCAACAUGCUGAUGUACUUCCUGCGUGGUAGCCUUCCGUGGCAAGGGCUGAAAGCGGACACGUUGAAAGAACGAUAUCAGAAGAUCGGCGAUACGAAGCGGAACACACCAAUCGAGAUUCUUUGCGACGGCCAUCCCGAAGAAUUGGCUACGUAUUUGCGAUAUGUGCGUAGAUUGGAUUUCUUCGAGACGCCCGACUACGAGUACCUGAGGAAUCUCUUCAACGACUUGUACGAGAAACGGGGUUUUAUCAACGACGAAGAAUUCGACUGGACUGGCAAGACGAUGCCACACAACUUCGACGAGUUUAAAAUUCUGAGGAUGGCUCCUCCCUCUCACAUUGUGAAAACUAGAUCCGAAAAGUCUACACCUGUUGGAUCCUUGCAGACUGGACAAGAGAUUAUUGUAUCUCCAAAUCGUGAUCGGCAUCCGUACAAAGAUGUGACAGAACCAGGGGUGGGAGGCGGGGGCGGUAAAUGGGUGGGAACCUCGAGGACAGAUACUGCGAAGCAAUCAGGAGCUGGUGGUACAUUGACACCCGCUGAUAGGCACGGUUCUGUUCAGGUGGUAUCCUCGACGAAUGGAGAACUAGCCAAUGAUGAUCCUACAGCAGGACAUUCUAAUACGCCAAUUACUGCGCCUCAAGAAGUAGACAUGGUCGACGAAACGAAUGUUUGGUUUAUUUGCAGAUGCUGUUGUUUCUUCAAACGGAAGAAGAAGAAAACUGGAAGACAAAAGUGACUGUCUGUUAUCGUCAGUCUUGGGGGGGACAAUACAGUGCGCGUGUAACAGAAGUGCAGAUGAAGUUUUUUUGGAGAAUGUGUUGCGGCAGUGCGUGAAAGGACCAUGGAUAAGAAAAGCUGCAGCCGAUCCGCAAUAGGGGAGGCCGUUACCUUGCUACGUGCCGGAAGUCGAUCCGCUUCUCAAGAUUCGGUGCUGCACAUCAUCGUCACGAUGUCACGCCUCCGUCGUUAUCAAAUUAAACCACAGCCAUCAUUAUUACCGCUAUUAUUACUACUAUUAUUAUCAUUAUUAUUAUCACGAUUAACUUUGCUCUUCUUCUUUUUCUUCUUACGAUUAUUAUUACGAUCACUAUUAUAAUAUUAUAUUAUUACUAUAUUAUUUUAUUAUUAUUAUUAUCGUUUAUGAUUAUCAUCGUCAUUUCGUGUACGAUCAUCGUUCAAAUGAAAGAAGAACAUCGUUUGUCAAUGUCGAUGUUAGCGAAUAUAUUGUAAACUUGUGACUGAAGAUAGUCGAGCCGUUGGCUCCGACCGUUUAAUACCGGCAAAUUGAUCUAUCUAACCGUAACACGGAUAUGUAAGAGUAAGGAAUUGACGUACGGAUGGUGAAAGAACGUGUUUGUGCCUCUCAUCUUGUUCCGCGGUGGCGCGCUUUUCAACACGUCAUCAUUGCGAAAUGUGUUACGAUAUACGUGUAUUAAAUCGUAAAACAAUUGAAGCUGAAGAUCUCAUUUUACUCAAAGUCCCGGAUAACGAGCGUAGCGUACUCCUGCUUGUAUCGAAGUUUAUAAACAAACAUUUAUGAAGUCUGAUCGAUUGGAAAGGCAUGAAACUGAAAGGGUAAACACGUUCGCGUCUGCUUAACUCCGGUCAGUUCCAAACGCGUUUGAUACAGCGGCGUUCUUCAAAUUCGUGAUCGUGUAAGUUGCCUUUCCUUUGUUUUCCUUUCCAAUGACUACGAGAAAUAAACAAUCGAGUCGAAUCGAAAUUCAUGUAACGCGUAGAGCGUAUUCUUACAUUCUUCUUUCUUGUUUUCCAAAUUUUCGAAUAUUUUUUUUUUUUUUUUCUCGUCGUCGUUGUCAUUAAUCAUCUAAUCGAAUAUUUCCUGUUUAAUGAGAAAUUACCCUUUUACGUUUAUUUUGUACGAUACACGAAGUAUAACAGUAUUAACGCUAUCUAGUAGAUAGCAGCAGAUUCGUGCUAAAUUGCACUUAUCGCGUUUUAGUUAACAAUUUUUAACUAAUUUUAUUUUACGCCUACACUGCCUGUUGUUAUUCUAUAUAAGUACACAAUUAUAUAUGAAAUCCUUAUACCCAUUGUACAUAAAAUAUAUCAAGAAUUACAUAUUUUGCUACGAAGCUGCUCAUACUUUGUAUCGAAUAUUUCAGUUAAUCGCAUAUCAUUUAACGAGCUUCGUAAAACUUCGAAAUGGAUGUUAAUAUAUAUUCUAAAGUGGAAGGAUAAUGCGAUCGCAAUUCUAAAUUGUCCAAUUUCGGUUUCAUGCCUUCCAUGAAUUCAUUCAUGUAAAAGCUUAUACGUCGCAGGAAUCAUACAAAUUACAUUUUACAUUACAUAUCGAAACAAAUAAAAGAGAAAUUAAAAAUUUUCGUCUGUAGAUUCUGAUAUCUACCAUGAAAAUUGAAUAGAACGUAGAUCAACAUAUUAUACACAUGUAUUCGAUAUAAUUGAUCCGUGUUCUAUCAAAACACGAAGAUUCGGGAAACUUUCUUGAAUCGUAUCUUAUCACCUAUAAAAGGAUCCGUUCAUUUCGGACAAACUUUUUUAUUCUUGAAACACGUGUGUUAAAAAAAAAAAAAGAUAAUUAUUAGAAUUGUAACAAAAAAAGAGAACCAAAGUAUGCUUGUAAUUGAAUAUACAUCAAUAUAGAUUUGAUUUUAAAGCAAUAAAAAGAACUUUUACCGUCUCUGUUUAACUCUAUAAAACGGAAUUUCCUUGGAACGAAUCGUUGUUUGCUAGAUCGACGCGAACGAUAUUGAAUUUAAACUAAAAAAAAAAAAAAAAAAAAAAAAUUAAAUAAAUAAAUAAAUAAAUAAAUAAAAAAACAAUAUAAAAAUGUACGUGACAUAGAUAUAGAAUAUUGUGCACUUGGGGAGAACUUUGUUCAGGGCUUAUUUAAUAUGUUUGUUCCACGAAGUUAACAAGAAGAAGAGCGUUGCGACGUGAUAUAUUUGAAUCCUCGUGGAUGUUUCGAAAAUUCAUCCAAGCAGUGAAGAGAUACUUAAAUGAAGUGAAAAUGCGCGCGAAGACGAAGGAGAAAAGAAUCUUAUCAGCCUUGCCGAUUAAACGAGCAAGAAUAUAUUAAGAGGCAAUAUAAAUUGACAAAUUGUCACUUGUCUCCGCGUGAAGAUGGCGAAUACUAAGAUUAUCGUGUCCGAAGGUCCGAACUUCUACUAGUCUGGCCAACGAUUGCGUACCACUGCCGAGCCAUAUGAUGUACCGUGUUAGUGUACCGUGAGUGCCCGUACACGUUUCAAUAUUUAAUGGCCAAGCACAUCCGACGACGAGACGUUCGAUGUACUUAGAGCGAACGAGAGUGAAAGAGCGAGAAAGAAAAAGCAGGAUUAAAAGAGAGAGCGUAUCAUGAUUUAUGUAAAAAAAAAAAGAGAAAAUAUUAAGAAAGCAUUAUGCCGCUAGCUUCUUCACAUCUGAAUGUAUCAUGUUGUUAUUGACCGUCGGAUGUCUUGAAGUAAUACGCUUAAAUGGAGAUGAGAACUAAACCCAUUAACUUUGUAGAUUUCCUCUCUCGUUAUUAUCUGUAUCUUCCCACUAAAUAUGCAAGAGUAUUGUUCCUUUUAUAAACUUGCCAACGCAAGUAAACGUCGAACAAUCGGACGUUACAUUUGUAUACAGAGAAAGAGUGCGAAUGUAAGUGCUAUGAAGAGAGAAUGGUCGCUGAAAUGUGUGAUCGAGAAAAAAAUAAAGAAAAGAGGAAUGACAAAGCUAAGAGAUAGUAUAGAAAGAAGAGGAAGGAUCUUGUUGUCCUUCGGUGUGUAUGCUUUUACGUGGAAAGAGAACGAAUCUUCGUGUUAUCCGAAUGCUAAGGAACUAAUGUUUCUUAUGUUUCCUUACUUUUUGUCAAUAAUAUCAUUUGUAAUUAUGAUCUCUUGAUGGAACAUAUAUUUAUAUCACAAAAUACACAUACAACAUAUGCACAUAUACCAAAUUUCGCAAUUAGAAUAUACAUUAAUAAUGAAUUCCAAAAUUGAUUAACAAUAUCUUUAUGAAAGAAGACAGAGAGAGAAAGGGAGAGAAAGAAGAAGAAUGACAAUGAGAAUAUGUAUGAAAGAGAGUGAAAGCAAGAAAAAUGAGUGUAUGAACGAGAGCCUCCGUAUUUAUAUGGCUAUUCUGCCACAUAUCGUUGGCACGAUUAUGCUGCAACUAUGUUGCAAUUUAGUUUGUAGUUUUUUUUAGUCGAUUUUUCAUGCGUCACCAGUUUUAAUACAACACGACUGACUGCUGGUUAAGUAUGGUUGUGAACGAACAAGAAAAUGUUUCCCUAUGUUAUUCAGGAUAUACUAUAUGUCCCUUUUUCAUAAUGAUUUUUUUUUCUUCUUUAUUCAUUCAUGUAUAAAAAGGUUGUUAAUCUUGUUCUAAUGAAAAAUUUUAUCGUUCUUUACCGAAAGAAUGAUUGAGUUUGAAAGUGAUUAUAUUUGUAUAUUUAUAAAUUGGUGCGAAUAGUUCGGAUCAAGAUCAAUAUACGUAUAUGUCUUUCAUUUCCUCGCUUUUAAUGAAUUGCAAUAAUACGCGAUGUAUUAUUCUUUUCUCAAUUAGAAAAACAAUAUGCGUUCAUGUUCUAAUAAGAUUUGAACUGAUUGCAAAAUGAUGCAUAGAAAAUACGUGCUUUCCAUUGCGUUUUUUUUUUCAAUUGAUUAUUUUGUAGCCAUUACAAAGCGAAAUUAAGUAUUUUUAUUAUGUAUAUUUUGAAAAAUUUUACUCAAUAUCUUUUUUUGUAUUAAUUAUAAUUAUAUAUUUGUUUAUCAAUUAUUUAUUUAAUCCCCUUAUUUUCUGCAUGCAUUCUAAGAACGAAAUCUUUCUUCAUUAUUCUAUUUUCAAUUUAUUAUAAAUCAAUUCCGAUUUGUUUUUUAAAUGUUUUGCAUCGAAAUGUUUAUAACAUUUAUUAAAAACGCAUUAUAUAUUAUUAACUUUUUUUUUUAGUAAAUUAUUCAUGCGAGUUAUUUUAUUCAGCGAACAUGAUCUGAUAAUACGAUUAAUGUACAUUUUAAUUAUUAUUCGUUUUUCUAUGUAUUCAUUGCUGAAGCAUUUUAUAGCUUGUGUUCAAUGAUUAUUUGUCAUUUGUAUGGAACUGGCAGCUCAUGUGCAUAAUGAUAGUAUGCUCAUGUAAGAAGUGUGAUUGAUGAUGUUAUAAAAAUUUGAGAAGUUUAUCGAUAUAGUGAGGAGACGUUAUGCUAUGAAAAAUAAAAACAAAUCGGGCGACGAUUAAUUUUUGUAAAUAGAAAUUAUUGGAAUGGAUAUACAAGUACGCACACAGAAACAUGAAAAGUUAAAAUAUAUGAAAUGUCAGAUGUUGGGAGAUGUAUCAGCUUCAAAUUAUAUAUAUGUAUAUACACAUAUAUGCAUAAAUAAUAUCAAUAUCAAUAAUCACGAUUAAUAAGCUGUAUGUUACAGUAAAUACCACUGUCUCGCAAUGGCAGCGAUUGAUUAAUUUUAUUACCAUGUAAUCUUAAUGAUGCCAGUGAGAAGUGGAUGUGUUCUUUGUGACGAAAUUAAAUGAAGGAGUAUGAAAUCACUAAUAAUUAUUCCAUUCGCUAAUUUAUAGACAAUUUAAAAGUAUCGAAGAUGCUUCGAAAUAUUUUGUCCAUUUCAUACAUGUCUACAAACACAAAGACAAAGAUGUCGGAAGUUUUUGAGCGAGGAUAUUCUAUUAUAUUAAUGAAACAUUGUUCACUUUUAUCAUGCUUUUGUUAUUAUAUUAGUGGAUUCGUUUUCUUUCCACUUACGAAAUUAAUAAUCUAUUAAAAAAAAAAAAAAAAAAAAAA